GCAGAAGUUGAUUCGUUGAAUAAUAUAAAGCGCCAAGUAUUGAAAUAUUGCAUGGGCUUGCCAUCAGCUAUAGUUGCAGUCGGAGAAGUUUUAGCUAAAAAGCGUACAUCUCAGGAAUGGGAGACGGUGCUUCGAGAUGUCAAGUUAUUAAUCGAUAGAGGCCAACCAGUUGAACAAAUCGUAUCGCAAAAAUCGAUCUCAGAUUUAAUUUUUGAUGAUUUACCAUAUCACUUGAAACCAUGUUUUCUUUAUUUGGGUUUGUUUCCAAAGGGUUCGAAGAUAGAAGUGGAGCACUUGUGUCUUCAAUGGAUGGCUGAAGGCAUGAUAUCACGAGAUGAUGGUCAAGAAAAUGGAACGAUGAUGGAUUUAGCAGAAAGCUAUUUGAGCGAGCUGGUACAGAGAAAAAUGGUUGAGGUCGAAAAAGAAGAAACUCCAUCUUUGAGAAAAUAUAGGUCUUGUAGUGUUCAUGAGGAUAUGCACGAUCAUUGCUCACGGAAGGGAGAAGAAUAUUUCUUUAUGGUUCUAGUUAAGAGAAGUUCCAAUUCCCUCCCAUUGACUACAAAUCCUGCACGUAGAAUGGCUUUACAUUUAGGCAAGGAAGAAGAUAGAUCUUCUGUUGAUGAGUUAAGAAAUGAAAAGGUUGACCAUCUUAGGUCUCUCUUACUCUUGAGUUCGCAGGAUCUUCAGGUGAAGUUGGAAUGGCCUCGAAGAAUGUUUAAGAGGUACAGAAUGCUGAGGGUUCUAACUUUUGAACGAGUUGACUUUCAAGAGAGAGGUCUACCUAGGGGAAUGACAUGGCCAAUCUACCUUAGGUAUUUGAGUUUCAAAGGAUGUAUUCUGGGUGUGUUGCCGUCAUCAAUAGGUGGCUUGUCUUUCUUGGAAACUCUUGAUCUACGAGUUUCAAGUCAAAUAAUUAUUCCCAAUGUCUUGAGGAAACUGGGAAAACUUGUUUAUCUAUAUCUUCCGCUCGAGUUUAAGAUGCAAAAUAACGGUAAGCUGUAUUUGAAAAGUUUGAAGGAAAUUGAGUUACUUCAAAACUUUGACACUGGGAUGUGCAAUGUUGCUGAUCUUUUUAAAAUGAAGAGGCUACGACACCUGUCUACGACUGUUGAAGGGAUUUUGGGGGAUCUUGAGCAGAUUGUCCAUCGCAUGGUCAUGACUUCAGAGAAUACAGCUGUCUCCAUUAAGGUCAAAAACUUUGACUGUUAUACAGAAGAAAGGCAUUCUGUUUUUAGAAAACUACUCGAGUGUAAGACUCUCCACACCUUGCAUAUGGAUGGGCAUCUUGGACAGAUACCACUACACGAUAAAAUCACUACAACCCUGACUGGGAUAGUCUUGAUAGGCUCUGAACUUAAGGAAGACCCUAUGGCAACUUUGGACAAGCUCCCGGAAUUGCAGGUACUAGUAUUGCAAGACAACGCAUUUGCCGGAGAGAAAAUGAUAUGCGUUAAAUCUGGUUUCAAGAAACUCAAACGGUUAGAGCUCUUGACUUUGCGUUUCUUAGAGACGUGGGAGGUGGAGAAAGGAUCCAUGCCUGUGCUUUCCAUUUUAGCAGUUAAAAACUGCGAGAAAUUGCGAAUUCUACCGGAUGGAUUAAGGAAUCGAUUUCGUGGAAUCACAUUUGACAUUGUCAGUGAGCAUAUAUCCAAAGAUGGAUUUAGGUUGAAAGAAUCUGGACCAGGUACUUCAGCAUUUCUAUAUGAAGAUUUAAACUCUCGUUAUCUUCCCACAAGAAUAUAAUGUUGCAGAAAUUCCAAGAAGGGUGCAUUCGUAUUGAACAUGGAAAAUGUCUUUUAUUCUGGAAAAUAUCUAAUUGUGUUUCUAAGGUAAAAUGUUUCAUAUUUUAAUUUGGAAGAGUUUCGGUGAUGUUUGUGUCCUUUAGUUUGAAUAAAUUAAUGUCUUUACUGUAAA